AUGGCUCCCAAGAAUCCCAGGACGGGGGAUAGCCGCGCCACCGGACGAGAUAACUCGUCCGACGUCCUUUCACGUCGCGGUGGUUCAACAGCUGCUCAACUAGAUAGCGCUGGCCACCGCGAGAGUCCUCUAAUGGAGGUGGAGGAGGAGGAAAGACGCUCUCCACACGAUCAUGUGGAUCGGUGUGUUCCCGAGAGCUUCUUUGAUCGCGUAACGCAAGGGUUACGCGACGAUCUCGAACAUGAGCGGAAUAGGCGUCUCCAAAUGGCGGACACUGCCUCGAAGCAUCGAGCUGAGUUUGCCUUUGCUCAGCUUGAGAACGAGAGAUCUCUGACAUCUCUUCGUGACGAGCUAAGGGUAGCUUGUGUGGAUAUGGACCGGUCUCGGGAUGAGAUAACUGCUCUUCAGACCCUUGUCGAUGCCCACCAUCGGGAGCACAAGGCUCUCUGCGAGAUGCUUGAGCGCAAGGGCGUUCUUCAUUGGAAGAAGCAGCGUACUGAUGGUGCGGCUUAA